AUGGCGUCCAGUCCCGCGCAUCUCUCGUCGCCAGACGAUAUGACUAAAACAGCCACUCUCGGGGCCAUUGAAGAGCCCAACAAGCUGCAGAGUCAUGGAUCUGCCCCAGGAGUUGUCGACGAAAUCACUCGUGUGGUUGAUCACAAGGCCGAGCGGCGUCUCUGCCGGCGGUUUGACAUUCGUCUGCUGCCAAUUCUGGCUAUUAUGUACCUUUUCAAUGCCCUCGACAAGGCAACCUUCGAGUUAUUUUGGCCCUCGUAUGCUGACAAGAUGGCCCAUGGAGACCUUCACUUCAAGCCAAACCAGUAUAAUCUGCUCUUGUCGAUCUUUUUUGUACCCUUUGUGGUGUUCGCGCCACCGUUCUCAAUGCUUGGGAAGAAAUUCAGCCCGGCACGCGCCCUGCCGGUCCUAAUGUUUUCAUUUGGCUCCUUCACACUGCUCUCUGCGGCCGCGCAUAACUUUGGAGGUCUCUUCGCGUUGCGCUGGUUCUUGGGCAUGUCUGAGGCUGCAUUCCUUCCUUUGGUGAUCUAUUACUUGACUACCUUCUAUCGCCGAGGCGAGCUGGCACGUCGUCUCGCAAUAUUUUAUGCGGCCUCGAACAUUGCCAACGCUUUUUCUGGACUCAUCGCCUUCGGAGUAUUUCAGAUCAAAGGGUCGGGUCUGCAGAACUGGCGGUAUCUCUUUCUGAUCGAGGGCGGGGUGACCGUCGUCUUUGCAACAUUCGCCUUCUUCUAUCUCCCUCGCAGUGCUGCCGAGGCUCGAUUCCUCUCCGAAGAAGAAAAGGCACUGGCAUUUCACCGGAUCCAGGUCGAUUCCAGUGCGGUAGUGAACGAGAAGUUCCGCUUCCGAGAAGCCAUUACAAUCUUCAAGCAUCCCACGACCUAUGUCUUUCUCUGCAUCGAAAUCUGUCUGGGCGUGCCCCUGCAGGGGGUCGCACUCUUUAUGCCACAGAUUGUCUCACGGUUGGGCUAUCCAACCGUCAAGACCAACCUAUACACAGUGGCGCCGAACGUCACUGGUGCGGCCAUGCUCCUGGUGCUGGCCUUUGCCUCCGAUGCCACACGACUGCGAUCGCCGUUUCUCGUGCUGGGGUUUCUUCUCACUUUCUCGGGCUUUAUGAUCUAUGCAUCCAUCGAUGACGUCCAUGGCCGGCUGCAUCUGGCCUACUUUGCUACCUUCAUGAUGACCUGGGGUACCUCCGCGCCGUCCGUGAUUCUCAGUACUUGGUACAACAACAAUAUUGCCCAUGAAGGGCGCCGCGUCCUGCUGACUAGUAUCGGAGUCCCACUGGCCAAUUUGAUGGGCCUGGUCAGCAGUAACCUGUUUCGGAGCCAGGAUGCCCCCAAAUAUAUGCCGGCCUUGGUCACUGUGGCGGCAUUCGGCGCAGCCGGUGCGAGUCUGGCAGGUCUGCUGGCAUUGUAUAUGUGGCUGGAUAACAAGCGACGCGACCGUCGUGACGGCAUGUGCAUUCACGCGCGGGAUAUCCCCACGGAGCGAAUGAGGGACGGCCCUUCGUCUCCUCAGUUCCGGUGGUUUUUGUAA